GGCUAUAUAACUGCAUACACUUUGCUGGCUUACAUCUAAUGAUUUUCAAAGCAGUCAUUGACAGCGGGAGAGGAUGGAUUCUCCAAGCAAGUCUCUAUGGCUGUUAACACUGUGCUUGUGUUUGCAAUGCAGUAUUUCCGUACUCACCACGAUUCGACCCAUGAAAAAGAUGGCUAUCCAACCCAUCUAUGCUUACAAGUUUACCUCCACCAGUCACGUGAGAGUCCGUGGUCCCCACGAUACGACCAUUGAAUUUACUGGAAAAGGAGAUACAACGCGUGUCCAAGUAUCCGAUUUUAGUGGUGUAUCCGAGUUUGAAACAACAGUCCCCGUAACAGAGAGGGCCAUACUGUACAAAUCAGACACCGCCUCGGAACAAAUGAUGUUCUUUCUGGGAGACAGUCUAGAGGACUACCCAUCAGAAAGCUAUGUAUACGGAGAGACAGACUGGCAGGUUGGCAUCACAAGGAACAUCGACGGCCAAUUCACAACAUACUCAUGCACGGCAACUCGCGAUGAAACUUCUGGCAACGACCGAAGAUACAUCAACUACGAUUUCAAGAUUCAACUGGAACAAAAUGGCGCUAUUCUUAGCAGCGCUAUGGACUAUGUCGAUUUUGCAAAUAAUGUGGCAACGGGCUCGUACGACAUCAUUUUAAAUACUCAAAACCUAAGACGUGAUGGGGUUACAGUAAAAAAUCUCUAUGUAGAGGUUCGCGUUAGGCCUUUGUAUAGCGUUGACAGGAGUGUUAAGUGGUGGUUUUCACUACUUUAACCGAUGGCGGCCGUUACCAUUUUUUGACGGAUUUAUUUUAUUCAGUGUUUCUCUUUGAACUGAAGCUUAAUUUGGAGCUUUUUUCUAUAUCUUGACUUCAAAGUUUUUUAAACAAUUGGUAAAUAAAAAGCUAAAUGUCUAUUAUUCUAGCUUUAAUGAAAAAGGUUAAUAAAAAUGUAUGAAAAAACUAAAUAAACGAUUGUUUU